AUGAUCUCCACGGUCGAGGAACACGUGCGCAAAGACAUGCUCCCCGUGCAGACGUACACCUGGGAGAGGAUCGGGGACCAUCCCAAUGCGGAGCAACGCGAGAGUAUCGCCCUCUUCCAGGCUGCGCGGCUCUUCGACUUCCGCUAUGUGAAGCAGCAUCAGUUGAAUGUUGCUGACAUCGACCUCCUCGAUCGCUUCCCCUUCGUUUCGGAAGAUUUCGCGAGGCUCAAAGAUCAGAUGGUUGACUGCAAUAUCGCUGCCUCUGAAGUUGACACCGGCUACAACUUGUGGGCAUUCUGGCACGACAGUAGGCGCAAGAGAAACCUUUCUCAAUGGUAUCAAGUUGCGAAAGACAUCGCUUUGCUCCAACCGUCCUCUGCCUUCAUGGAACGUGUUUUCCAUCCUGCGUGCUUGUAUGGAUGCAAGGCAGGAGAAUAG